AUGACUGAGCUGUGGCUGAGGCCAGAACAUCUCUCUCUGGCCCCGAGGCAAGCACCAGCCUCUGCUCAGAAUCUGCUUGGUGCCCUGCAUUCUGCUGUUGGCAGGUCCUUCAACACAUGUUCUCUUCUUCUUCUGGCAGAGCCUCCUCCCAAGACGGGUCCAUCUCUGGUUCUGAGGAAAUCUCUCACAGUCCGGGCUGCAGUCAUCAUCCUGACGCUGGGCCUGGCUGCUUCCAUCCUGCUGCAGGCCGUUCUCUAUCCCUGGUUUAUGCGUACAAUAUCAAAUGUAAAGAACAAUGCUCAGUUGCUGAAAGGCCGUGUGGACAACAUCAGCGCUCUGGGCUCUGAGAUUAAGAGGAAUAGAGGAGGCAUGGAGGCAACCGGCAUUCAGGUCCAGAAGGUGAAUGCCAGCCUGGAUCAUGUGCGUUCUCAGAUCUGGAAGUUGGAAACUGGUGUGAAGGAAGCCAAUGCACAGAUCCAGAUGUUGACAAGAAGUUGGGAGGCGGUCAAUGACUUAAAUGCCCAAAUUCCAGAGUUAAAAAGAAAUUUGGAUAAAGCCAGUUCUUUAAAUGCAAAGGUCCAGGGACUCCAGACCAGUUUGGAGAAUAUCAGCAAGGUGCUCAAACAGCAAAAUGACAUUCUGCAGAUGGUUUCUCAAGGCUGGAAGUACUUCAAGGGGAACUUUUAUUACUUUUCUCAAGUCCCAAAGACCUGGUACAGUGCCCAGCAGUUCUGUGUGUCCAGGGACUCACACCUGACCUCAGUGGCCUCGGAGAGUGAACAGGAGUUUCUGUACAAGAUGGCAGGUGGACUUUUCUACUGGAUCGGCCUGACCAAAGCCGGGAGUGAGGGGGACUGGUACUGGGUAGACGAUACUCCAUUUAACAAGGUCCAGAGUGCAAGGUUCUGGAUUCCAGGUGAGCCCAAUAAUUUUGGGAACAAUGAACACUGUGCCAAUAUAAAGAUGUCCUCGCUUCAGUCAUGGAAUGAUGCCUCCUGUGACAAUAAGCUCCUUUUCAUCUGUAAACGGCCCUACAUACCAUCAGAACCAUGACGGGACUGGUCCCAGGCUUGCACGUUGAGCUCCGAUGCUUGUUGAACUAGAGAAGCUGCCUCUCUUUCUUCCAUAUUCCAGGGUGACUUUGCACCUUCACUUUUCUGGCUUCAAAAUUGUCCCAGAGGCACCCUGGAGUUCAUCCGCUUUGGCUGGGAAUUCUCUGACCCCACAGAGGCAGCUGGAGUGGAAGGGAGAUCUUGGAAAAGGAGAGGAGGGCGGAGAG